AGGAUGUACAAAAAGUAAUUGGCAAUAAAAUCAUCCCAUUACAUCAGGAGGCUUGAAUAAUAAAUGAAUUAUUUUCUGAGACAGACCUUCAAGAUGGUUCUGUUAAAAUAUUAUCUCAUCCUAUGCUGCAUCCCUGUCUAUGUGAGGUGGAGGUUUGGUGGACACUGGCCCUUCAAGAUAAGCAUGAAGGCUGUGCACGCCCCCAUAUGUAUCAACUAGAUGCGUAUAUUUGCCUUAAAAUUGAACAGCAUUCGUUUUUGCGCUGCUCUGCUGUCGUUACGGGAUCAUGGACAUAAAAGAAAAAAACAUUGUUGAAAUAAUAGCUAAAGUCAUUGAAGAAGCUUCGGACACCGACAGCCACCAUGAAGUGCUCAUGGCGGGUAGAUGCUACCCGUCCGUCCAAGAGUUUGCCUCAGCCAUCCCCAACCACCUCCUCCUGGGCUCUCUGCUGGAGCACCUGUGCUUUGUUUACGAGAGUAAUCCAGCACGCUCGCGGAUGCUAUUUAAAGUUAUUGGCCAGCGCUUGGCGUCUAUGAAUCUUCUCUCGCCUUUGGCCAUAAGCGACGAGUUCAGCACAGUCAGACUCCAACACAACCGGGCCUUCGCCGAGCUGCUAAAUGCUGCUAGCUCCUCGCUGUACCCACAGGAACAGCAACAGCUUAACGCCAGCGCGCACAAUCCUGCAAUCAGGCUGAAGGAAGGGCUGUUUCAAACCCAGACGUCACGUUAUCUGAGCGAGUUUGAAGAAGUCGGUCGAAUCGGGAAAGGAUCUUAUGGAAAUGUUUAUAAGGUGGUGAACAAACUGGAUGGCCAAAGCUAUGCUGUGAAGAAGAUUCUCAUUAAAAAAGUUUCCAAGGAGGAUUGCAUGAAGGUCCUCAGGGAAGUGAAAGUGCUGUCCAGUUUGCAGCACGUCAACAUCGUCGGCUAUCACACGGCGUGGAUGGAACAUGUGCAGCCCACCACAUAUGGAGAGAAUCUCCUACCUGAACUGGCGUCGCCUGCUCAAGAAGACAUUUCUGACGAGGACCCCGACAGCAGUAGCUCAAGUUACUCUGUCGUUUUUGAAAGCCAAAGCCAGCCGCAAGUGAAUGGUUCUUCAAACGCCGCUGUGCCCCCGAGUCAUGGCCCACCCGCCAAGCCGCUCGCAUUGACGCAGGAGAAGGGCCAGGGGGUGUGUCCGAACAUGAUGCGACGUCUCCCCGAGAACUACGUCCCCUGCGUGUUCCUGGGAGGCAGAGGGCCCGCUCAAGCCUCCAAAUGUCCCGCCGUCGGUUGGGACACGUCGGGACUGUUUGAGGCGGAGUCCAGCAGGAGCAGCGUUGAGGUCAACAACAACAACAGCCUCUCAUGUGUUGAGAAGAAGCGUGAGCAGUAUCGGAGCAAUCGACGCACGCCGAGUCCCGCUAAAGAGGUCCACCUCCACCUGAUGCUCUACAUCCAAAUGCAGCUCUGCGAACGCUCGCUCAAGGACUGGAUGACAGAGAGGAAUUUGAAGCCCAGAGAGGAGCGCGCUUCAAGAUGUCCUUAUGGAUGUGUGAACGCCGAGCACACGUUCAGUCUGCUAAGAAAGAUACUGGAAGGGGUGGAAUACAUUCACUCGCGGGGAAUAAUUCACAGAGAUCUCAAGCCAAGGAACAUUUUCCUCAACGGUCACGACCGUCACGUUCGCAUCGGCGACUUUGGUUUGGCCUGCAGUGGUCUCAUACUCGAUAGUCACGAAAGCGUCAUUGCUCCCCUCAGUGAUUCCCCACAUACAAUGGGCGUCGGUACAUUUGUCUACGCGUCACCAGAGCAACUGAAGAGCCCCCAUUAUGAUUCAAAGUCGGACAUGUACAGCAUCGGGGUGCUUGCGCUUGAGCUUUUCCAGCCCUUCGGAACGGAGAUGGAGCGAGUCCAGACACUCGGGGACUUGAGAGAAGGCAAAAUCCCAGACUGCUUCAGCAACAGAUGGCCCGUCCUAGCCAAUUACAUUUUGAAGCUGACCAGUAUUGAGCCCAGCGUGCGGCCCACGACCAGUCAGCUUCUCCAGAGCGAACUCUUCUGCAAUAAAGAUGUGGUUAUCUGUGGUUUGCAGAGAAAGGUUGAAGAGCAGGAGGAAGAAAUCCUUCAUCUGAGGAAACAAAUCCAGCGGCUCCAAUGUUCACACAGCACUUUUCCAAAUUGUCAGAGUUGGGAAAACACCUGACAUUUUAAAGGUUCAUAAUGUGUCUUGAAUUUACUAGCCUAAUUUAUGUGUGUGGUCUUGCUAGCGUGUCUCGAAAGGUGCAUUAAAAACAUGGUUUGUGUCUUUUUAAAUUAUUGACGUGUUUUAGAUUAUUGGGCAAAAUGUUUUUCCCCCCGUGUUAGCAGUUUGAAAAGCAAAUGCAUAGCAGACCUUUUGCAGACUCUUUUUUUUCCAUAUGGCACUAUUCUGUACAGAGUUCACAUAAGUUACUUUUGCAAUUUGCUGUGACACAUUUUGGGUGAUUAUUUCCCCAUGAAAAAAAAAGACGGACCUUUGGGGCCGUAAUUCCAAAAGGAAUGUUUGGAUGGGAAUGCAACACUACUCACUACUUUCCCCUCCAACAGCAUGCUUUAGGGCAUUUUUUCCCACGAGCUAGAACAUU